AUGGCGCAAAGGAGGGACACGCAGUGUUGGCGCCUGCUGUGGCUGCUUUCCACCUCCGUGCUUCUCCCCGCUGUCACCCGGACCCGCUCCGCGACAGAGUUGGCUUCCCAAGGCCACCUGGACCUCACGGAGCUCAUCGGCGUCCCGCUGCCCUCGUCCGUGUCCUUUGUCACUGGCUAUGGUGGCUUCCCGGCCUACAGUUUCGGGCCUGGUGCCAACGUCGGCCGCCCGGCCAGGACCCUCAUCCCACCCACCUUCUUCAGGGACUUUGCCAUCAGCGUGAUGGCGAAGCCCAGCAGUGCCCGAGGGGGCGUGCUCUUUGCUCUCACAGAUGCCUUCCAGAAGGUCAUCUACCUGGGCCUGCGGCUCUCAGGAGUGGAGGACGGCAGCCAGCGGGUCAUCCUCUACUAUACGGAGCCCGGCUCCAAGGUGUCCCACGAGGCUGCCGCCUUCCCGGUGCCCGUGAUGACCCAUAGGUGGAACCGCUUUGCCAUGGUUGUCCAGGGCGAGGAAGUGACCCUCCUUGUGAACUGCGAGGAACACAGCCACGUCCCCUUCCCGAGGUCCUCCCGGGCCUUGGCCUUCGAGCCCGGCGCGGGAAUCUUCGUCGGCAACGCAGGAGCCACGGGGCUGGAGAGAUUCACUGGGUCUAUACAGCAGCUCAUCAUCCACCGUGACCCCAGGACUCCCGAGGAGCUGUGUGAAGCUGAAGAAUCCUCGGCGUCAGGAGAGACCAGCGGGCUUCAGGAGACAGACAGAGUAGCUGAGAUCUUGGAAGCCGUCACCUACACUCAAGCCCCGUCUAGAGAAGCAAGAGUUGGCCCCAUAAACACGCCUCCAACCCUGUCUUCUCCCUCUGAGGAUGCAGAGCUUUCCGGUGAACCUGUACCUGAGGCAGCCCAGGAAACCACCAACAUGAGCGCCGUCCCGCACAGCAGCCCCAAGCAAGGGUCUGGUGAGAUCCUGAAUGACACACUGGAGACAGUUGAUACUGUGGAUGGUUCCCCCAUUACUGACACUGGCUCGGGGGAUGGGAACUUCCUUCAUGUCACUGAAGAGGGUCCACAUAUGGAAGAAGGUUUGGCAGCAACAGCAGCAGCUGGGGAGGCCGAGGUGUCCAUCAGCACUGCCAGGGAAGCAGAGGCCGGCAGUGUGCCCACCGAGGGACUGACCCUCUCCAUGUCCACCAAGCACCCUGGGGGAGGGGUCACUCUGGGUCCAGAUAACGAAGAAGGUUCAGCAGCGACAGCAGCAGGGGAGGCCGAGGUGCCCGUCAGCAGUGCCGGGGAAGCAGAGGCCAGCAGUGUGCCCACCGGGGGUCUGACCCUCUCCAUGCCCACUCAGGACCCUGGGGAAGGGGUCACUUUGGGUCCAACCAGUGAAGAAAGCUUAACAAUAGCAGCAGCUGCAGCAAAAGUGCCCCUCAGCACUUUUGAGGAAGAGGAGGCCAGCGGGUUCCCCACUGAUGGCCUGGUUCCCCUCACACCCACAGCAGCCCCCAAGCAAGUAGUCACUUCUGGUCCUGGUGAUGAAAACUUAGCAGCAGCCACAACAGAGCAGCCCCUUCCCACGGCUGGGGCAGAAGAGUUGGGUGGCACUCUCCCUGAGGGGCCCCCGCUUCCCAUACCCACAGUAGCUCCUGAAAGAGGGGUCCCUCCGGGUGAAGCUGGGGAGGGGCUUCCUGACCCCCUUGGACCUGCUGGACCCACGGUGGGAGUGGAGGCUGAGGGCUCCAGCCUGGGCUGGGGCUUGGACGUCGGCUCUGGUGACCCAGUGCCCAGUGAGGAGCUGUUAAGAGGUCCUCCAGGUCCCCCAGGCCCACCUGGCUUACCUGGGAUUCCAGGAAAACCAGGAACUGAUGUUUUCAUGGGACCCCCUGGAUCCCCUGGAGAAGAUGGACCUGCUGGUGAACCUGGUCCCCCGGGCCCUGAGGGAAAGCCUGGACUUGAUGGAGCCUCCGGCCUUCCUGGAAUGAAAGGGGAGAAGGGAGCAAGAGGACGUAAUGGCUCAUUUGGUGAAAAGGGUGAUCCGGGCAACAGAGGCUUACCAGGACCCCCAGGGAAAAAUGGACAAGUUGGCGCUCCUGGGGUCAUGGGACCCCCAGGGCCCCCUGGACCCCCUGGGCCCCGAGGCCCUGGAUGUACAAUGGGACUUGGAUUUGAGGAUACUGAAGGCUCUGGGAACAUCAGGCUGUUGCAUGAGCCCAGAAUCUCUGGACCAACGGCUUCAAGUGGUCCCAAAGGAGAAAAAGGAGACCAGGGACCCAAGGGUGAAAGAGGGAUGGAUGGAGCCAGCAUUGUGGGACCCCCUGGGCCCAGGGGGCUACCAGGGCGCAUCGAGGUCUUAUCUAGUCCUUUGAUCAACAUCACCCAUGGAUUCAUGAAUCUCUCGGACAUUCCUGAGCUCGUCGGGCCUCCGGGCCCCGAGGGCAUGCCUGGGCUGCCAGGAUUUCAAGGACCCAGAGGACCAAAAGGUGACACUGGUGUGCCUGGAUUUCCAGGACUAAAAGGAGAACAGGGUGAGAAGGGAGAGCCGGGCGCCAUCCUGACGGGGGAUAUUCCUCUGGAAAGGCUGAGGACCCGAAAGGGUGAACCUGGAGAGCGUGGAGCCCCGGGACCGAUGGGGCCCAAAGGACCACCAGGACACAAAGGAGAAUUUGGCCUCCCUGGACGACCCGGUCGCCCAGGACUGAACGGCCUCAAAGGCGCCAAAGGAGAUCGAGGGGUCGUGAUGCCGGGCUCACCUGGCCUACCUGGUCCUCCAGGCCCCCCAGGACCGCCUGGAGCUGUGAUUAACAUCAAAGGAGCCGUCUUCCCAGUUCCAGUCCGGCCACACUGCAAAACUCCAGUUGGUACCACGUAUCCUGGAAAUUCAGAACUCAUCACUUUUCAUGGUGUUAAAGGAGAAAAAGGAUCCUGGGGUCUUCCCGGCUCAAAAGGAGAUAAAGGCGACCAGGGGGCCCAGGGACCACCAGGCCCUGCUGUGGAUCCAACUUACCUGAGACAUUUUCUGAACAGCUUGAAGGGGGAGAACAGAGACAGGGGGAUCAAAGGAGAAAAAGGAGACUCUAACAGCGGCUUCUCUGUGUCAGGGCCCCCAGGCCUGCCGGGAAGUCCAGGCCUGGAGGGCCAGAAAGGGGAGACCAUCGUUGGACCCCAGGGACCCCCAGGUGCUCCUGGCCUGCCUGGGCCACCUGGCUUUGGGAGACCUGGUUCCCCUGGGCCACAGGGACCCCCGGGGCCACCAGGACCUCCGGCUAUCCUAGGAGCAGCUGUGGCCAUUCCAGGCCCACCUGGCCCUCCAGGACAGCCAGGGCUUCCCGGAUCCAGGAACCUGGUUACAGCAUUUAGCAACAUGGCUGACAUGUUGCAGAAAGCCCAUUUGGUCAUAGAAGGGACAUUCAUCUACCUGAAGGACAGCACCGAGGUUUUCAUUCGUGUCAGAGAUGGUUGGAAAAAAUUGCAGCUGGGAGAACUGAUCCCCAUUCCGGAUGACAGCCCACCACCCCCUGCGCUUUCCAGCAAUUCUCAUCAGCUUCAGCUUCCACUGGCGUCUAUUUCAAGUGUUAAUUAUGAGAGCCCUGCACUACACUUGGUCGCUCUGAACACGCCAUUUUCUGGGGACGUUCGAGCUGAUUUUCAGUGCUUCCAGCAGGCCAGGGCAGCAGGACUGUUGUCCACCUACGAAGCAUUCUUAUCCUCCCAUCUGCAAGAUCUCUCUACAGUUGUGAGGAAAGCAGAGAGAUAUAGCCUUCCAAUAGUGAACCUUAAGGGCCAAGUACUUUUUGAUAAUUGGGACUCAAUUUUUUCUGGCCAUGGAGGUCAGUUCAAUACACAUGUUCCAAUAUAUUCCUUUGAUGGCCGAGACGUAAUGACAGAUCCUUCUUGGCCCCAGAAGGUCGUUUGGCACGGCUCCAGCACCUACGGAGUCCGUCUCGUGGAUCAGUACUGUGAAGCGUGGCGAACCGCCGACAUGGCAGUCAUGGGCUUGGCCUCCCCGCUGAGCACGGGGAAGAUUCUGGACCAGAAAGCAUACAGCUGUGCUAAUAGGCUAAUUGUUCUGUGUAUCGAAAACAGUUUCAUGACAGAUGUGAGGAAGUAA